UGUCCUCCUUGAUUGAUGUUGCUGGAGGCGUGUCUGGGUGGCGAAGUUUGGAUGAUUCUACGAGAUCGAGAAUGUUUCGAUGAAGACACGACCAAAUUUAUCACCGGGUGCGUUUUGGAAGCGUUUGGUUAUCUACACAGUAGAGGGAUAAUCUACAGGGACAUCAAACCCGAAAAUCUGCUCUUGGACGCCAAUGGAUACGUGAAACUUGUUGAUUUUGGGUGUUCGAAACGGCUGGGGUACAGUAGCAAGACUUGGACGUUUUGCGGAACGCCUGAAUAUGUAGCUCCGGAAACUAUCCUCAACAAGGGACAUGACAGAGCUGUGGACUACUGGGCUCUUGGAAUUUUGAUGCACGAACUUUUAACCGGAAAUCCCCCGUUUACGGCUUCAGACCCCAUGAAAACCUACAAUCUCAUACUGAAAGGCAUAGAUAUGAUCGAUUUUGCCAAACAUCAUAUCGGGAGAGCGGCACAAAGUCUUAUCAAAAAAUUGUGUCGGGAUGCUCCAUCGGAGAGGUUGGGGUAUCAGAAAGGUGGAAUACAGGAUAUUAAAAAACAUAAAUGGUUUCAAGGAUUUGACUGGGAUGGUUUAGUCAAUCAAACGCUACCUUCACCAAUUAGACAACCAGUGAGAGGUUGUUGCGAUACAACCAAUUUUGACUGCUUUGGCAAAGAUAACGACAUUCCUCCAGAUGAGUUAUCAAACUGGGAUUUGGAAUUUUAACACAAAUACGAUGUUUUUAUAACUGAAAUGGACAAUAAUUGAUGUUAACGUAAUAAAUUCAUAUCUUUUACAA